CAAGGCCAUCCAGAGAGGACACGAGACCAUCUGGAGGAAGAGAGAGAGGGAGUGAGGAAAAGAGAGAGUGAAAGAGUACAGAGGAGGAAGAGUUAAAUUACUUAGGAGUAUUCUCCAGCAGCCUUGGAACCUGAAACAAAACUGCUCACAGGAGAGAAAGAGGGAUAAAGAGAGAGAGGAAUAAAAAGCAGGAGGGAUAGAGAUUUUCCCUGCCAGAAUUGGUGUCUGGCCAUAGAUCAGCAGGUCUUAACAGAACUUUGCUAUAUUAAGCUCUGCAGAUAAUCUUACUCUGUUGUAUCGACCCGUCACUGCUGUGUCUUGGCAGUGUGUGUGCGUAUCAGCACUGUGUGUGUGUGUCCCUUCUGAUCUACUCAUUGGCAGCUAAUAGGGUUUUUAUGGGCCCGUGUCAGGCAAGAGAGGCUAGUCAGCUACUGCCCCGACAGACACGCUGAAACGCGCACACACACACCACACACCACAGACUCACACACUGUGCCAUUUACAGGCAGAAGAGUAGGUUUCUACUCCAACACAUGCUAACACACACAGACACAUGAGGGUAGGCCUCUUGAUGCAGUAACUCAUACCACCUGAGUGUCUGUCAAUAGACAAUCACAUUCUGAGGUUGUAUGUGGAAUCUCCAUGGUGCUCAAAGAUGAACAACUGGACUUAAGUGCCAUGCUACAUUAGUUGACAUGCUGAUGUGCUCAAACAGCAUUUUUCAGAAAAUCCUUUUUGAUUCUGUCUAUUGGAAAGUGGCAUUCAUUUCUGUGGAUUGAAAGUGAUAACAUGUUGUAAGACUGACAGCGAAGACACCAAACAACUGAGUAUCACUCCAUCAGUGUGCUGGGUUAGACUCUUAGAGAGUGAUCCUUCAAUCGCUCCUCUUGCUGCUCUCCUCUUUCUUGUAGAUGGUGUUUCUUGCGCAGUGUCUGCCGCACUGCCUGACAAUGACGGGAGGAUAUAAAACAGGGUGGACAGAGAGACAACGGUCACCGAGAGGGAAAGAAAGACGAGCGAGUUUUUGAGCGGGAGACUGAUAAUACAGAGAAAGAGAGAAUGAACCACCGUUGUUGUUUAGACUGAAUCACACCAGAGUGUGUGGACUUGUUAGAGAAACACUGAAAUAACAUCUUAGAUCCAUGAUGGAGCUGGUCCCAAAAACUAAGUACACUCACUUCCGGAGUGAAUCUCUCAGUUCGAAUGACGAUACCAACUCCAACCCUUUGUCCCUCCCCCCUUCCACCCCCGCAACCCCCCUCACCCCUCCUGGGCUAACCUCCUCCCUCUCCUCCUCCUCUCUCACCCCCAUCCUCCCCCCUUCCUCCCCCCGCCGGGCUGAGAACAGCCCCACCACGCUCUGUUCCUUCUUCCCCAGGAUGGGAGCCCUUCGCCUGGGCGUCUCUGCUACUCUACUCCCAGGCCUCAAGGUCUCCAGCAGGCCUCAGCGGGCUCAAGCCCCCAUGGGGUCUUCAGGGGGUAACAGUUCCAGCUCUCCCACUCCUCACCCCCCUCCCUGUUUAACAGCCCCCUCUCCCCCCCAUCGCCCCCCUCUGCAGGAUAUGAACCGGCUGGGUGGGGCGUCCAGGAGGGCGCGGGUGGAGGGGGGGCAGCUGGGGGGAGAUGAGUGGACACGCCACGGCUCCUUCGUCAACAAGCCCACCAGAGGAUGGCUACACUCAGACCAUGUGGUCAGCACCACUGGGGUCGCCUACUCAGUACGGUAUAUGGGCUGUGUGGAGGUGCUACAGUCUAUGAGGGCGCUGGACUUCAACACCAGAACUCAGGUCACCAGAGAGGCUAUCUCAGUGGUGUGUGAGGCAGUGCCUGGAGCCAAAGGAGCCCAACGCAAGAGAAAGCCGUCGUCUCGCUGUAUGUCGUCCAUUCUGGGGAAACGUAACCUGCAGUUUGCUGGGAUGACCAUCAGCCUGACGGUCUCUACCAGCAGCCUCAACCUGCUGGCCUCCGACUGCAAACAGAUAAUUGCAAAUCAUCACAUGCAGUCCAUCUCUUUCGCUUCUGGAGGAGACCCAGACACAGCAGAGUAUGUAGCAUACGUGGCCAAAGACCCAGUCAACCAGAGAGCGUGUCAUAUCCUGGAGUGUUCGGAGGGCUUGGCCCAGGAAGUCAUCAGUACCAUAGGGCAGGCCUUCGAACUACGCUUCAAACAGUACCUGAAGAACCCCCCCAAACUAGUCACCCCCCAUGACAGGAUGGCUCCGUUUGACGGCUCAGCGUGGGAGGAAGAGGAAGAUGAGGGAGCACCGCCCCCUGCAGAUGUUCCGUACUAUAAUAACUUCCCCGGGAAACAACCUCCUCCUGGGGGACUGGUGGACAUGAGGGCCCGCCCUGGGGCUACGCUGCCCUAUGGACAGCCGGGUCAGAAUGAUAUUCACAAGCAGCCGCUUCCCCCUCUACCAAUGGGAGCAAAGGAGGGAGGGCGGGACCUGUGUGAUGACCCUUCAUACGUCAAUGUGGAUAAACCCCGCCCCACAACAGCUGCAGCCAAUGGCAAUGCUCACAGAGAUGCGUUCGACAUGAAGCCAUUUGAUGAUUCCCUGGGUGUAUCAGGUCUGGGGGUCUCAGCGGCGCCCCCUCUGGUGGAACAGCUGCAGUGCGAGGCCUGGUUCCACGGCAGCCUGAGUCGCAGGCAGGCUGAGAGACUGCUGACCCGUGACGGAGACUUCCUGGUCCGAGAGUCAGGCACCACCCCUGGACAGUACGUCCUCACUGGACAACAGGGGGGUCAGCCCAAACACCUACUACUGGUCGACCCAGAGGGAGUGGUACGUACCAAAGACCACCACUUUGAGAGUGUGAGCCACCUGAUCAGUUACCACAUGGACAACAGACUUCCCAUCGUAUCAGCAGGCAGUGAAGUGUGUCUGCAACAACCAGUGGAGCACAGGCCCUGAACACACACACACAUACAGCAAUGCAACACACACUCUCAGAAACACUACACACAUAAGCAGUGCUGCCAACAUUAAGGAAAGCCAAAAAAAACACCUCUAUCACUCUUUCUGCCAAAAUCAUUUGCUCUCUGCUUUUCCUCACACCCUUCUCUCCUCCUGGACGACUCACUGUUACCUCCGUGAUCCCUCCUUCUGUUCAUCCUUCCGUCAUCGAGGUCCACUCCCUCCAUCCCUCCAAAGAACGUGGGAGUAACACCUAGGAACACUUUAUUUUCCUUCUCAUCGGGACAGAAAUUAAUACAAUUUAGUAAAAAACUGAGCAUUAUUAAUUCAAUCAUGCCAUUGUAUCAUUUCUGAAUGAUUCUAUCAUAGUAAAGGAGGACUAUGCACCUUAGAGGGGAGGAGUGAAACGUAGAGAAAGGAAUGGAGGGAUGGGGGGAGAGGUCUUGAUCCAGACAUAGCAGAGGAAACAGUUUUUCUCACUGUCACAGAAGCACUCCAAAGACUUGUCUGAUGAUUGGACUCAUCAGAGAGCUCAGACAUGGACCCUCCAAUCAAAUAUCAGUGGAACACAGGAACAGCGAAUCAAAUAUCAGUGGAACACAUAAAUAACCAAUCAUGACUGAGAUCAGGCCUCCUGUUAAUAUGCAUAGACAUUUUUGUGUCCACACCAAUCAGGGCCCUCACUCACCCUCAAGCCAUUUCCAUUAAAAUACCUUUCAUCUUUGACCAUUGACCCCCUGAGUGAUACCUGGUGAUGUCACGGAGGACGUCUCUGUAUGCAAAAAGGGGGUUGCUAUGCCAACAACCAUUGUCUCCGUCUGUCCAAAUAUGGACAAGGUUUCUUUCUGGCCUCUGAAGGUGGAGUUUGAUAAAAGGAUGUGAUUCAUGCCCAUCUGACAUCCGCCUGUCUAUCUGCAUGGGACUGGUCUCCCUGUCUGUCUGCAUGGGACUGGUCUCCCUGUCUGUCUGCAUGGGACUGGUCUUACCUUUCUGUCCUGAUCAUGACAAAGAAAGUGGACUUGGUUGGACUGGGGCAGCAGAAACCAUGGAGAUGACUCCUACACCAACAUACAGUGUGCUAGUCUGUAUCUGUCAUGUGUACUUUCAUUGGGAGUAUAGUGUCUUUACAUAGAGAGGGAUGGAGAGAAGACUGGGAAGAGGCAGGAGGCCGGGGGGAGGUUCCACAUCUAGAGAUGUCAUCAGACCUAGACACGAUGUCAUCUGAAAGAGCUCACAACCAAUUCUACGACGAUGUCACAGUCAACCCAAAUGCUGCUGUCACAAUUUAAUCGGUGCUGUGUUGGAAUCGUAGUUCGUAUUAAUGCCAAUAUUUUCUUGCUUUUCAAUGGAAUUGUUGUUAAUAACUGUUUGCCUUGACAAUCUAUGGCCAUGUCUCUUGUCUGGACGGGUGGGGAGUGGAGAGGAUGGGGGGCAUACUGGAUGAAGUGUGUUUAAUGCCAAAAGCAUUCGUUCCAGAGCAUUCAAAGCAAUGAAUUUAUCUCCUCUCCAAAUGUGCUGCAACACUUGGUCAGGAGAUUAGCGUUUAGCGUUAGCAUUAGUGUGUGAUGUGUUUCUUCUCAGCUCACUGCAGGGAAAACUGGGAACGUUGGUCAGAGGUUGGACUUUGACGUGUUGUUUUCCUUGGAAUUAGUAGAGGGAGAGAACGUGGAGGAAUCAUCCUCUCCCUCCUUCUCUUCAUGAUAUGUUUUGUAUCUUUUACUCGUGCCUUGUUUCUUCGAUGCAGUCACCUCACUCCACUCCAGUCUGUCACCUAAUGUACUGUGCUUAUUGUACAGUCAGUUGAUGUACUUAAUCCAAAUGUAGUGGACCGUUGGAUCCUGUCACAUGGUCUCUCAGUCCAUCAAAGACUCUGCAAAAAGGACACUGACUCUCACCACCCAGGUCCAGUGAUGCCAAUCCGCUCCUCUAUUGCACAUUCAUUCUUACUUCCUGUUGUCACUUGUUGUUGUCACGGUUGUUUGAUGUCGCAGCUCUCACUGGAGGGAUUUCCACUCCACCUGUAAAUAACAUCAGAUCUGAUUGGUUGGUUUGAGUUCUUGGUUCUGAAAUGAAAGUCUUUAUUGUUUAGAUGUUAUUAAUAACAUGGGUGGGACAGAACCAGAUACUGUAUUUCACAUGUAAUACCCACAGAAUACUUUUCUCUCUGAAUCCAAUUCAUUUUGAUUCUAGCCAAUGAACCAUAUCCAGGUUUUUGAGGGAGGCUGAAACAAAACUGUAAACGUGGAAGUGAAGAGUAAACUGGGAUCUGCCACCUGCUGUACAAAAUAUUUCUGUCUCAUCAGUAGGGUUGCAAAAUCCUGUGGUUUUCCAGAAAUCUUGGUUGGAGGGAGGAUUCACGGAAUUCCUGUUUAUUCGCUCGUGUAAUUCUAGGAUUAUUUUAACCAGGAUUUCUGGAAAACCGGGGAAUUUGGGGAAAGUUAUCUGAAUUUUGCAACUCUAGUCAUGAGAAAGGGCUCUCUGAACCCGGACAGGUAAUUGUUUUCAUCUUUCUCAUCGUGCUUGUGUGUGUGUGUUGUGAGAGAGGAUGUGUGGAUGAUCAGAGUUUAUGAUUGGGAGUGUAGUUCUUACAUGGUGGCACUUGUGCUCUGUGUGUGAGGCCUUUGCUUCAUUCUGUCACAAACACACAGGAGGGACAGCUGUGUUAGUCACAGACUGUUUAAGUGACUAGGUCCUGGAUAGGCAACAAGAAUUAUACAAGCCCUAAGGUGUGUGUGUAAAAGGAAUCAUCUAUCCUCUACAUAAUUUGUGAAACAUUCUAGCGUUGUCAUUGUUCAUCACAGUUGCCUUUGUUGCAUGGAAAUCAUUUUUUAAAGUUUCUAUAUUGUUGUUUUGAUGUACUUUUUAAUUUGAGUUUUGAAAGCCAAAGGGUUAUUUUCAAUUAGCCUUCACAAAUAUUGAUUUAAUUUUUUACUUUUUACAGUUCUGUUGUAAUACUCUUGUUCUUUUGGGGGGGAAAUACAUCUGUUUACACCUGUAUCUGAAAUCACAGAUUGCAUAUAAAUGCAUAUUUCAUGAAUCUUUCUUGGUGAGUUUGGCUUUAAAAUGCAGUUUCUGGAUUUACUAUUUGGUCUCCUGUGAUGUGUUUUCUUAAAUGUUGAUUCAUAACUAUUAAAUAGAACAUAUCCCCUUUA